AUACCCAUUCAAAAUACGGUUUGGUUGGAUCUGAUAUAACCGUUGUUGUCAACAGAAUCGCGUGAGAUUUUUUGAGCUAACGUUUGCGAUUAAGAUCUCGCAAAAUGUCAGAUGGCGAGGAUGAUUUUAUGUGCGAAGAAGAAGAGGAUUAUGGAUUGGAAUAUUCCGAAGAUUCUAAUUCUGAACCAGAUGUGGAUUUAGAAAAUCAAUAUUAUAACAGCAAAGCUCUUAAAGAAGAUGAUCCGAAAGCUGCUUUACAAAGUUUCCAAAAAGUAUUGGAUUUAGAAGGUGGGGAGAAAGGAGAGUGGGGUUUUAAAGCUUUGAAACAGAUGAUCAAAAUUAAUUUUAAAUUGUCCAAUUAUAAAGAGAUGAUGGCAAGGUAUAAACAAUUGUUAACUUAUAUCAAAAGUGCAGUUACUAGAAACCAUUCAGAAAAGUCAAUAAAUUCUAUAUUGGACUAUAUUAGUACAUCGAAGAAUAUGGAAUUACUGCAAGAUUUUUAUGAAACCACGUUAGAUGCAUUAAAAGAUGCAAAGAAUGAUAGGUUAUGGUUUAAAACAAAUACAAAAUUGGGGAAACUAUAUUAUGAUCGUUCAGAUUUCAAUAAAUUGGCAAAAAUAUUAAAACAGCUUCAUCAAAGUUGUCAAACUGAUGAUGGAGAAGAUGAUUUGAAGAAAGGAACACAGCUAUUGGAGAUUUAUGCCUUAGAAAUCCAGAUGUAUACAGCACAAAAGAAUAAUAAGAAAUUAAAAACGCUUUAUGAACAGAGUCUUCAUAUUAAAAGUGCUAUACCACAUCCGCUAAUUAUGGGUGUUAUCAGAGAAUGUGGAGGAAAAAUGCAUUUAAGGGAGGGCGAGUUUGAAAGAGCUCAUACUGAUUUUUUUGAAGCUUUUAAAAAUUAUGACGAAUCUGGAUCACCAAGACGUACAACAUGUUUGAAAUACUUAGUGCUGGCUAAUAUGUUAAUGAAAUCUGGUAUUAACCCAUUUGAUUCACAAGAAGCAAAACCAUAUAAGAACGAUCCUGAAAUUUUAGCAAUGACAAAUCUGGUUGUCAGUUAUCAGAAUAAUGAUAUCAAUCAAUUUGAAUUAAUUCUAAAACAAAAUAGGAACAAUAUCAUGGAUGAUCCUUUUAUUAGAGAACAUAUUGAGGAUUUAUUACGCAACAUACGUACACAGGUUCUAAUUAAGUUGAUAAGACCAUAUACCAGAAUUUAUAUUCCUUUUAUAAGUAAAGAAUUGAAUAUUGACGUUUCGGAAGUGGAAAGUCUUUUGGUAUCUUGCAUUUUGGACAAUACUAUUCAUGGUCGUAUAGAUCAGGUGAAUCAAGUUCUUGAAUUGGAUAAGAAAUCAGUAUGUGCCGCUCGUUACAAUGCUCUUGACAAGUGGGCAGGACAAUUACAAUCUUUGCAUACAGCCAUCGUGAACAAAAUGUCCUAAACGGCAUGCGAUCCGCGUUUUCAUGACGCGUGAUUCUGCAAUAAACAGUUCUACUAACUCUACUAACUUUGUAUAGUAUAUCAUAAAAACUCUACAGUAUGUGAAGAAAUAAGAUCUAUUGUGAUAUAAUAAAUUUAGCACUUUAGCACGGGAGUUAUUUUUAUUUCCGUGAAAGAAACUCCAACUUAAAUCGAUUUCAAAUAAACGAAUAUGUUCUAUA